AGUUUUAAUUUCCGUAAAUUAUACAUGAAGUAUAUUGUGUUUUAGCAUCAUCAUGAUCGCAACGCGCCGGAAUCCGUAACUACACAUGGCAUGCAAGAACAAGCACCGAGCGAUGAGACAAAACACAGGAAUUCUGUGAGACAAAUUAGAAAAUUUUAUUAGGCUUAUCACUGACAGAUGGGUAAAAAGAGCAGCAAGCUAAGACCAGACACACUGGAGGAUCUAAAAUCACAGACCAAAUUUAGUGAUGCAGAAAUAUUAGAAUGGUAUAAGGGGUUUAAAUUCGAAUGUCCAAACGAAGAAUUGUCUAUAGAGGAGUUCCGAAACAUUUACCGGGGUCUUUUCCCAACCGGUAAUGCAGAAAAAUUCGCCGAACACGUCUUUCGAGCCUUCGAUGAAAAUCGAGACGGAAUCUUGGAUUUUCGAGAAUUUAUGUGUGCUCUUAGUGUGAGUUCAAGAGGCACAGUAGAAUCUAAAGCGAUGAUGGCAUUUAAGAUCUACGACUUGGAUAGAGAUGGGUUCAUCACUGAAAGUGAAAUGACUGAAAUAUUGAGGGCAAUGAACAAGAUGACAAGCGAGAACAACAUGGGUCUGUCCCCCGAGGAGAAAACAAGGGAAAUCUUUCUCAGAAUGGACAAAAACCAAGAUGGAAGCCUGUCCAUGUCGGAAUUCGUUAAGGGGGUGCAGACCGAUUCAUCUAUAAUGCACAUUCUCACUUCCGCUUCAAAUACAGGAUGACAGUUUCGAAUAUGCAUUUGACAAUUUCUAAUGUUUCAUUUGUGACGUUGAUCUUUCUAGUCAAUACAUUUUGUACUUAAAAUGUCUACCAACACUAGGCUUAAAUUCACUCUAAAUCUUACCUCUUCUUCGUAGUACUCGUAUAUGUAGUUUUACGCUGAAAAUGCAAAAAGAUAAUUUGCCCUAUACCAUUUAUAUUCAAAAUGUUAACGUCGACUUAUUUCCUCUGGCCAAAGACCAGAAAACUUCAUAGUAUUGUAAGGUAUGGAUCUCUUGCGGUUUUUCCUCUAAAUGGUACUCAUCUCAGUGCAUUAUGGUACAGUGAAUUUCAAGUUGAAUUAUUUGCCUUCUGUCCUUAUGUUUUAUUCAAGAGAAAAAAAAAGUUUGGAUAUUUUUUGCUUAAUUUUUAAAUACCGGUACACAUGCAUACCCGUUAGGGGGAAAAACUACAUGUACAUCUACAAGAGAGAGGACAGAUCCCUGCCCACUAUAAUAUCAUUUACUGGUACUAUGGUAUGAUGUUGGGAAAGAGAGAAUGUCAAAUCUUCAACUAUAUAGGUAGACUUACUAUCUCAAUUUAUUAUCACGAAAUAAUAAUUAUAUACGACCUUUGGGAUGAACAUACGCUAUCUCUUGUAAAUUCAAAGCACAUGUACAUGUACCUGUAACGCGAAUUCACACAGUUAUAAGUUCUCAAGUAAGUUUUACUAUUAAAGCCUAGUCUCUGAUUACAGAACAAUGUACUGGUAUUAAAUUACUCAUGACCUCUCAGUAUUAAAGCAAAUUCCAUGGCCUCUUGGACCGAGGUUCUUGUUUUAGGGCUCUAUCAUUUGUGAAAAUACAUUAAUUCUUUGAAAAUCUUUGUUUAAAUGAGUAUUUAUUUAGUAGACAAACUAAGUGUAAGGUUAUGAUGAGCCUGGAUGUCUUCAAAAAAUUUAAAAGUUAUUACCCGUGGCCUGGGGGUCUGGAUAACAUUAGGACUCAUAAUUCAUAUAAUAAAAAUGCAUUAAAUAACGUUUUGACUUUUUCCCUACUUAAUCAUUUCGAGGCACACUGAGUGCCAGAACUGCGAAAUUUGACUUUUUGGCCACUGGGUCAAUAUGAGUGAAAAAUUCUCGAGAGGGACAUUAAACAACAUACAGACAAACUCAACAAUCCCCAUGAUAAAUUAAAGUCCUGGCUUUUUGAUAUAACUGACAGCUGCUUUUUCAAUAAA